GACUAUUCUCGGAUUCUACUGCUCUCUGCGCACCCCGAUGACGAAUGCAUGUUCUUCGCACCCACCUUGCUAGGUCUUCUUGCGCAAGGCACUGCUUCUGUGGAUGGCCGAAGACCACCAGAAGUCUUCUCGCUCUGCCUGUCAGUUGGAAAUGCGGAUGGACUUGGGAACAUGCGUAGGGACGAGCUCGGUCGAAGUUUGGACGUGCUCGGCGUGCCAUCCAGCCGUCGAUGGGUCGAGGAUAGGAGUGACCUGCAAGACAACUUCACCGCACAGUGGGACUACGACACCGUCGCGGACGUCGUCCGACCAUACGUCCUCGAGAACCGCAUCACGACGAUCCUGACAUUCGACGCGUACGGCAUCUCCGGGCACCCGAACCACAUCUCGCUGUGUCACGGUGCAGCACGCCUGCUCUCGUCCUUCCCAUCCUCCUCGGACUCAGACGACAGCGCACUCGCCCGGCCGCGACUGUUCACACUCGUCUCCGUCCCCCUCGUAUGGAAGUACACCGGUCCUGCGAGCCCGCUUCUAUUGAAAGCGAGCUCAGCCAUAGCGGGGAAAGGACGCGGGCCAGCGUUCGUGGCUGGCGUGCGGGAGUAUGUGACGGCCCUGCGCGCGAUGAUGCAGCACCGCUCGCAGUUGGUGUGGUUUAGGUGGUUAUACGUCGCGUUCUCGCGCUAUAUGUGGGUGAACGAGUGGGUGGAGGUCGUCGUU